AUGAGAGUCAAUAGUUAUGUGGCCCUCUUGGGUCUGUUACAUGUAACUGGAGGGUCUGCGAAUGGUUCUCCAGCACCAGCUCUACCCUAUACCGCUCAGACCUAUACCAGUUCCGAGGGAACACCUAUGGUUUUUGACGAAAGUACUCUUAUCAAGUUAGCCUCAAAUGGUACCAGUCCUUCGAUUGUUAUCCUUGAUUAUGGACGUAAUGUCGAAGGAUAUGCUACCUUCCAUGUCUCUAAAAGGUCCGGUGACACUUCUACCUUCGAAAUGACAUACAGCGAGACUCGUGCUCUUCUAGAUUCAGACAUGGGGGACGGUCCGAUGCCAUUGGCGGCUGCCAUGGAUACUUAUCGAAUCAACCGAUACAACAUCACCGAACAAAAGACCUAUACCAACCGCCUGAUCCAAGGGGGCUUGCGAUACCAGAAGCUGAAUCUCUCCAGUGCAGGUGAAGUCGAGCUGUCUGGUAUCGGGUUCAAACCUACCGUAUCUAGAGCACCUAUCGCUGCUCUACCGGGCUCUUUCAGCUGUUCUGACCCUGUUCUGAACCGUAUCUGGCAGGUCGGUGCUCGCACAACGCAGCUGACAGAAAUCCCUGCUAAGAGCCUGCCAAACUUCUGGGUUAUUACUGAUGAGGGAGCUUUUAUCGACAGCUUGGCACCCCAACCAUUCAGCGCCGAUUUUGCCACGGCCAUGACUGCCUACGAUCUCGAAUUUUCUGUCAAGCCUAUAAUGAAUGGUUUUGGAUUCACUGUUUUGAGCGACACCCUUGCUAAUGGGAUUUAUAUCUUUGUUAACGUUGCCAAUUCUUCAAUCUCUGCACACGCUGGAUCCACUGAGCGUUCGGACCCUAUUGCGUCUGCCAAAUUGCCAUCAAAUAUUACUUUAAAUCAAUGGCACAUAGUCCAGAGCAAUGUGGAAAUGGUUGGUAUUUCAGUUCGGAUCGACGGUGUGCCUGUCUUCAACUUUUCUCAAUCUGCUGCAUUCUACGGAUCCUUUGGGCUGGGCGCAUCUCUAGGUCAUUCGGCACUUUUCACCAACGUCUCCUUAACGGUUUCCGGACAGGAUAUGUACUAUUCGUCCUUAAAUGAUGCAUCCGCGUUACAGGACUUUCUCCUCGGUACAAACCCCUUGCCUGUUAGCGUUGACGGCUCUCGUCGGGAUCGUAUUGCCUAUGCAGGAGACUUGGAUAUGGCGACUGGAACAGCGUUCGCUAGUACAUACGGUCAUGACUAUAUCAACGGUACUAUAGAGCUGCUAGGCUCAUUCCAGAUGCCGCCAGGGUUUUUUGUCCCAACUACCAAAAUCCAGCAAGCUCCUCGCAAGACUGAGAUUGACGCUAAUAUCACCGGCUUGAUUGGAUAUUCAUUUAGUAUGGUCAGCGCCAUGGCGCGCUUCUAUGAGCAGACUGGCGAUGCAAAUUUCCUGAAUCAUUGGGCGCCUAAAACAGCUCGCAUGCUUGAUUGGGCCCAUUCUCAGACACUCCCUAACAGCCUGUUUAAUAUCUCUAAUUCCGCUCUUGGUGGUGAUUGGAAUUACUAUGAUCCCGCCUUGGAUGGAGUGGUCAGCAAGUUCAACCUGAUUUACGCCUAUGCCCUUAAACAGUGGCUCCCAUUUAUGGAUGAUGCGGGUUUGAAUACUACUUUGUAUGCAGGACGUCUGCACAACCUACAAAAUGCCAUCAACAAGCAUCUUUGGAGCGAUACACUACAGGCGUACUAUUUAUCUGAUUCCCACAAAGACUUUUUAUCCCAAGAAGCAAACGCCCUUGCGGUGCUUGCUGACACGACCGCAUAUGGGAAUCGAACAUCCAGAACAGUUCUUUCGACCCUGGCCCGCGAGCUUUACGUACCAUCAGGUGCUCUUGCCUUCUCCAAUAGGAGUGCUGCAAGUGGAUGGGCACAGAAAAUAAGCCCUUAUGCGUCUGGAUAUCAUUUGAAGGCCGCCUUUCAUGCCAAUGACAGUGUCACUGCCAACUAUCUUCUUCACAGUGUAUGGGGUCCUAUCAGCGAUGCAUCACAUACCAAUUAUACUGGCUGCAUGUGGGAAGUCAUGAUGGCCGACGGUACUCCUGGACUUGGUUCUAGUACAUCAUUGUGUCAUGCUUGGAGCUCAGGGCCUACCGCCGAUUUGAGUCGCUAUGUUCUGGGCGUGCAGCCUGUGACUCCGGGCUUCAAGGAGUGGAAGGUUGUUCCACAAUCAUUGGAUCUCGAUUGGGCUAAGGGAGCCUACCCAGUUCCUGGUGGUAAAAUCAAUGUGGAUUGGUCGUUUGACAGCAAUAACCUGCUGCACAUGACGGUCACCGCCCCUAACGGUACCAGAGGCACGGUCUAUCUUCCAACUCCUCUGAAGGAGACUUUGCAUAAAUACAAUGCCACAGCCUUCCUCUCGAAUGAGAAAGAUUUCUUUACAGUCAAAGGUGGUGAGACAUUCUCGAUUCAUCAGACGGACUAG